UGACGUCACUGGCUGCUCGCAAUCGUUAAGGACCGGUGUCGAAUCCACCGCACCCAAAAGGCGAGUAAAGCGGACUGCUACGAAACCGAGUGAAUCAAGGGAAAACUGUGGAAAUCGGCGCGAGUGAUAAGUGUGAAACUACGACAAAUGUACCGCAUUUAAAACAACCACCUACAUGUUAUUUUAUAGCGGACUCAAUAUAUUGUAUGGGUAUAUUUCGUGAUUUUGAUUAUACACCCUAGGAUAGUGAACGUUUCGGUGGGGAUUAACUAGUUUGGAAAGGUGCCGGACGACGAUUGAUAGGACAGUAUGAACGAAUUGGAUUCCUUAAGACAGGAAGCAGAAACAUUAAAAAAUGCUAUUAGGGAUGCCAGGAAAGCGGCUUGCGACACAAGCCUCGUGCAGGCUACAAACAGCCUUGAGGCUAUCGGAAGGGUGCAAAUGCGCACGCGUCGCACCCUACGCGGUCACUUGGCGAAAAUCUACGCGAUGCACUGGGGCAGCGAUUCAAGGAAUCUCGUCUCGGCCUCGCAAGACGGCAAACUCAUCGUGUGGGACAGUCACACGACAAAUAAAGUGCACGCCAUUCCGCUGCGAUCGUCGUGGGUGAUGACGUGCGCGUACGCGCCGAGCGGCAGCUACGUGGCGUGCGGCGGCCUGGACAACAUCUGCUCGAUAUACAGCCUGAAGACGCGCGAGGGCAACGUGCGGGUGUCGCGCGAGCUGCCAGGCCACACCGGCUACCUCUCGUGCUGCCGUUUCCUCGACGACAACCAGAUAGUGACGAGCUCGGGCGACAUGUCGUGCGCGCUGUGGGACAUCGAGACCGGACAGCAGGUGACCAUGUUCCUGGGCCACACCGGCGACGUCAUGUCGCUCAGCUUGUCGCCCGACAUGCGGACAUUCGUAUCAGGCGCGUGCGACGCGUCGGCGAAACUGUGGGACGUGCGCGAGGGCCAGUGCAAACAGACGUUCCCGGGCCACGAGUCCGACAUAAACGCCGUGACGUUCUUCCCGAACGGGUUCGCGUUCGCCACCGGCAGCGACGACGCCACCUGCCGCCUGUUCGACAUACGCGCCGACCAGGAGCUCGCGAUGUACAGCCACGACAACAUCAUCUGCGGCAUCACCUCGGUCGCGUUCAGCAAGAGCGGCCGCCUGCUGCUAGCCGGCUACGACGACUUCAACUGCAACGUGUGGGACUCGAUGAAGACCGACAGGGCCGGUAUUUUGGCCGGACACGACAACCGGGUGAGCUGUCUGGGCGUGACAGAGAACGGAAUGGCCGUAGGCACAGGAUCGUGGGACAGUUUCCUGCGUAUUUGGAAUUAAAUUUAAAACAUUAAAACAAAAUCUAACAAAAAAAAAACAAUUGCCAAAAAGUUUCAUCUCACCAACAUCACGCCGGCAUUUAGUAAAUUAAUUAUUUGACUUUUUUAGUGUACCUACGUAAAUCGGAGUAUGCAUUUUAUUAGCUUUUCACGUAUAUUUUUAUAUUUUUUUCCUUUCUUCGUAUAAGAGUUUGUUUGUAGCUUUAUGUUUGUUAGUUACGGUAAGUGUCAUUUGUGAUUUAUUAUUAUAUUAUAUCCCCUUAUGAACUGUUUGUAUUUAUUAUUGUAACAUAAUAAAACCAGUAUUUUAUCUCGGAUUAUAUGAUUUUUUUUUUUUUUUUUGGUGAUGUGGGUGAGACUUUACGUGUUAUUUAUAACUAAGUACAAAAUUAAGACCAAUUUAAAUAAAUUCAAGCGUUUUUUUUAUAAUAAAAAAUUACGUAGCACUUCUGUAGAAAGCGCUUGAAUUCUAUGGGGAAUUCGAUGAAAUUAAUAAUAAAGUUGGCAACUAGUCCUCUACUACCAUUUUCAACCAAAUAUGUAUAAUCUGUGCCAUACGGUAAACUAAAUUAUAAUAACAAGGAUGACGUCACAGGAACCAAUAGAUGCGUGACGUUUUUAACUGGUCGAUCUGGCAGAUUUAAAUGAAAACAAAACAAAAAAUCAAAUCGUAAAAAACAUUUGAUGGAGAUACUGCCCAAUGCUGUUUCACCUAAAAACAGCAUUCUGUGUUUUUCAUUAUUAAUUAUUUUUUGGCGCCCAUCGAGGCGAUAAUAAGCAUUAUUGAUAAAUAAUUAAUUAAAGCUUUUUUGACUUCUCUGUAUAUAUAUAAUUUUCGUUGAUUUACGGUCUUUUAGUCAUUGUAUUUUUCAUUAUUAAUUAAUAAUUAUAAAAUAGGUAUAAAUAUAGCUUCUGCUUCAUUGUAAAACAGUUUUAUAAGAAAUGGUCACCGUGAUUUAUUUCAUUGCACAAAUCACGUACAUAUUAAUUUAUUAUUAUUAUAAUUAUAAUUAUAUUAUGAUUAUUAAUAUAAGUAUGCUAGGUUUUGUAUAUAUGAGGGUCUCGGGCGGCCGCGCAUGCGCUUCCCCUCCCCUCCCCUAAAUUCCGCGACCAACUUAUUAGGUUAUGAAAACCUGAAAAGGGCUCAAAGUUGGUAGGCGUGACUUGGGUGCGCAGGGGACGGGACACGCCCCCACCUAACCUCCAAAACGACAAACGUCAAUUUUGAGGUUAGAUCGAAGGCCGCGCGAGAUCGAUGCGCGAGUGUUUUUUUAUAAAGUAAGAGUAAAUCGUUUUAACCUCAAAACAUUGUUUGGUUUAAAUCAGGGCACAAUAAUGAGCAUCUCUGUUUUCUUUUUGUAUUUAAUAGACUUCAUGAAUCGCAUUACUAUCCGCAGGAAGAAUAAUUCCGCGGUAGCACAAUCUUUUUAUUAUAAAUAAAGAUAAAAAAGUAUGAUAAAAUAAAAAUCGCAUAAAUAUCCAAAUUGACAUGUUCGGAUCUUGAAGGAUUUUGUAUUUAUUAGGCUCGGACAUGGCGUUUCUUUCUGGAAGUAGUCUAGUAAUGUCUUUUUUUUUAUUGUUAAUUAUAAACCUGCGUAUGGUGUAUGAAAUACUAUAGCAACUAUAUGUUAUACUGUAAUGUACCUAAAAUAAACAAAU